AUGUCAAACACCACCGCAACCACCACCUCGGCCUCGGCCACAUCCAGCUGUCACGCCAAGCUGUACGACAUUCCCGUACAUGAUGCAGCAUGCGCAAUGCCGAUGGAGAGCGGUUACGCGUCGAUUAUGAGCAGUUGCUGUGGCGAAGCUUCUGUCGUUGAGUACGAUGACUGCGACUACUACUGCCUAGCUCAGGGACAAACCGUUGGCACCCUUGCAGAGUGCCUGAGCAAGGCCUCGGAGCCAGGCCAGUUCUGGUGCAACACCAAUGCCAAUGCGACGGCUACUGCGACGGCCACUGCCACCGGCACCGGAGUCGUGACUCUCAGUAGUACCACGACUGGUGCAGGCUCGACGGCUUCUGGCACCUCGAGUGGUGCUACUUCGACUUCGACUUCAACCUCUUCUGGAAUCGUUGCCGCUCGUCCGCUCUCGAAGUCUGCUAUUGGCGUCGUUGGUAUUUUGCUGGCUGCAUCUGCUGCAGGCCUUUUCCUCUGA